CGACUGACCCGACUCCGACUCAUUUUACGAUAUAGCGAAUCUAAAAUCUUCCUGUUUCAAGCUUCUGGUUUUCUUGGUUUUUCUUCUUCCGCUUUCUUCUCUCUUCCCUUCCACCGACUUUCCACCGACUCCGAUUCAGGUUCCCGACUCGGACUCAUCGAGUCGCGGAUUCAGAUGAACCGAUUCGUCGACAACGUCCUCGCCGUUAUAAAAGAGUCUGUCAAGACAUUCACUCAUGAAUAUUUGAACAAUAUCGUGAGGCUGAUAAAUGGGGUGUCAGCGCUUGUUUUAGCUGUAUUGCCAGGGAAGACUAAUAUUUUGGAAGGUAUCCAUGGCUGGGAGCUCAGGCCCACUUUCCGUGGACCCCGGUUUCCACGUUGGAUGGAGAACGGUGUCUCUUCUUUCAAUCAAUUUAUUCAUGAACUUUCUGUGGAUUCUGGUUCUUCCACGGAUGAAGAGUAUGUGUCCGGAGAAGAAGAUAAUGAUGAAAUAUGUCCUGCAUCUCCACUGUCUCUGUGUUCCCGCUUAUCCCGGGCAAGUAGUUUCACCAAGUAUGAGAGAAGAAAAAAACACUGGAUCAAAUGCUUGCUUUCAUGGAUUUUGUGGCCUGUUACAUUCAUUGUGGGGAUACCUUUUUGUAUUUGCCGUUCGUUUCGGUUUCAGAGAUCGCGAACCAUCCCUGGUAGUUCCGGAAACCACCGGUCUGCAAAUUUACAUCCUACCAAGAAACCAAGUUUCAUCAAGGACCAUGUUGUUCAGCGCACUACCGACCGGAGGCGUGGGGUAGUAGAGGACCUCCAGCUUGCAAUUGAGAUCUUCAUAGAAGCUGUAUUUGACGUUGUACACAGCGCAGCACAUUAUCUUCUUUCGCCUUUGGAAACCUGUCGUACAAUAUUUAGAUGGUUUUCCUCUCAUGAUAGUUAUAACAGUGAUAUUGCUGCCAGUGAUCUGGAUGCGUCUGUUCCGACUGCUACACUUGGAGAUGCUGAUCCAACUCCAACAGAGAGGCAGGCCCCCAUCCAUCAGGCCAUGAAUACAGAUGAUCGGACUUGCCACGAUGUCAUAACAGAGCUCGGGUAUCCUUAUGAAGCUAUUCGUGUAGUUACUUCUGAUGGAUAUGUUCUUCUAUUGGAAAGAAUUCCAAGGCGUGAUUCACAGAAAGUGUUGUAUCUACAACAUGGAAUAUUGGAUUCAUCUAUGGGUUGGGUCUCAAAUGGGGUUGUUGGUUCUCCAGCUUUUGCAGCAUUUGAUCAAGGUUAUGAUGUUUUCCUUGGGAAUCUACGUGGGUUGGUUUCAAGGGAGCAUGUUGAUAAGAACAUUUCCUCACGGAAGUACUGGCGAUACACCAUCAAUGAGCAUGGGACCCAUGACAUUCCGGCAAUGAUAGAGAAGAUCCAUGAAGUCAAAACCUCCGAAUUGAAAAACACUCAACCAGAAUGUGAUGACAAAACCAUUGAUCAGCCAUACAAACUUUGUGCGAUGUGCCACAGCCUGGGUGGGGCUGUUAUGCUGAUGUAUCUAAUAACACGUCGGAUCGAAGAGAAGCCCCACAGGGUAUCAAGGUUGAUACUGUUAUCACCUGCUGGUUUCCAUGAGGAUUCCAACAUAGCCUUCACAAUAGUAGAGUACCUAAUUCUUAUGUUAGCCCCUAUACUGGCUCCUCUCUUCCCUGGGCUGUAUAUACCGACCAGGUUCUUCCGGAUGCUUGUCAAUAAGCUUGCAAGGGACUUCCACAACUACCCUGCAUUAGGUGGAUUGGUACAGACCCUGAUGAGCUAUGUCGUUGGCGGCGACAGCUCAAACUGGGUUGGGGUGAUCGGGCUGCCCCACUAUAACAUGAACGACAUGCCAGGUGUAUCAUUUUAUGUUGCACAUCACCUUGCACAGAUUAAGCGGGCGAGGAAGUUUAUAAUGUAUGAUUUUGGAAGUGCGGCUGCUAACAUGGAAGCAUAUGGGUCGCCUGAGCCUCUGGACUUGGGAGAGUAUUAUGGGCUCAUCGACAUGCCUGUCGAUUUGGUUGCCGGGCGGAAGGAUAGAGUGAUUCCACCAUCAAUGGUCAGGAAGCAUUAUAGGUUGAUGAAAAAUGAGGGCGUGGAGGUCUCGUAUAACGAAUUUGAAUACGCCCACUUGGACUUCACGUUCUCGCACAGGGAAGAGCUCUUGGCCUAUGUCAUGUCCCGCAUGCUGCUUGUCGACCCACCACCAAAUAGGGAAUCCAAAUCCGCUCAAAAGGCAAUGAAGUUGAGGAAAAUGGAUGGGAAGAGGUCGACCAAAACCAGUAGAAAUUCGUCGGAGGACUUGAGGCAUGUGGGAAAAGAUGAGAUCGAGCCUUUGGGAAGGGAAUAGCAGAGAAUAUCAACAAAUCAACCGUUGUUCACUUGCUGGUGGCUUACUUUGCAAAUAUGUUGUACACUCCUUACUGUAUAUGAACUUAGGUUGUGUAUGAUUUGGAUUCACUAUAGUUUAGAUUUAUGCAUUUACAACUGUCAUGUAUGCUCAUACCUGUAACUGUAUGAUUGAGGUUGGGUCAGUUUGAGAAAUACCCAUCCGUCCUCUCACAGUUGGUGAGAGAAAAUAGUAAUUUGGACAGCUGAUGACAAAGCUUGUACGAGAACUUAUGACCAGUUUGAAUUUUUUUUCCCCAUUUACAUUUUAUACCAAUACAAUUACAUCUUC